CAGAGGCAGAAAUCGCUGGGAGAGUAUGGGAAGAAUCGAUAUGAGACUCUGAGAUGCAAUGGCCUUUAUGGGUCCAGAGCGCAAAAUAAGAAAAAAAUUUAGUGGUCUUGAGGCAGGCGCAGGCCAACCCCCGUCCCGGCGUUGCUAAGGAGGGGCUAGUUACCUGACCUUGGCGGGGAAACACCUGCCCUUUUUUCGCUUCGGGUCAUUCAAAACCACAAUUUUCCUCCCGUCCAUCCCCUCUCAGGUUAUCGACCCUGCACAUUCCACUCUCCUUUUGGACCAUUCGACAUCUUCUUGGGCUUCGCUGCCUCAUCUUCUUCUUCCGACAGGCCCAGUAUCCUUUGCGAAUUACUUCAAAAUGGCGGAGGAGCACCACGAGUUCGAGACCGAGGCCGCUGGCGAUGCCGGUGCUUCUGCCACCUAUCCCAUGCAGUGCUCUGCCCUGCGCAAAAACGGGUUCGUCGUGAUCAAGGGCCGCCCUUGCAAGAUCGUCGACAUGUCCACCUCCAAGACCGGCAAGCACGGUCACGCCAAGGUCCAUCUCGUCGCUCUCGACAUCUUCACUGGCAAGAAGCUCGAGGAUCUCUGCCCUUCGACCCACAACAUGGACGUUCCCGUUGUCAAGCGCAGCGAAUACACGCUGAUUGAUAUUUCGGAUGAUGGCUACCUCAGCCUCAUGACCGCUGAUGGUGAUACCAAGGACGAUGUCAAGUUGCCCGAUGGCGAAGUUGGUGCCAAGAUUACGAAGCUCUUCAAGGAGGAGGAGAAGGAAACCCUCGUUACCAUCCAGACCGCCAUGGGUGAGGAGGCUGCUGUCGACGCCAAGGAGGGUAACAAAUAAGCGGUCGCAUCUUUGGCUUGAGGGAGAGUAGGGGAGGGAGCCGGGUGAUUGGAGUGGCCCGGUCGUGGCCCGGCG